AUGGCCGACCAAUUCAGCACUCCACUUGAGUUGCCACUCAGCGAAGAAACUUUCUCCACAAACAUCCUCAAAUGGGCACUCACGCACCUCCCUGCCCUAUACCAGACCACAGCUUUUGGUCUCACUGGGCUCGUUGCCCUCGAUAUGCUUUCCAAGUCUGGCCACCCAAUCCCGAAGCUUAUUUUUCUGGACACGCUGUAUCACUUUGCGGAAACAUAUGAGCUCGUGCAGGAGGUGCGGGAACGUUAUGCUGUCGACAUAAAGGUGUACAAACCCGAGGGAUGCAAGACCAUUGGAGAUUUUGAAAAGAAACACGGCGAAGAAUUGUGGCAGAAAGACGAAGACAUAUACGAUUUUGCGGUCAAGGUUGAACCCGCCCAGCGCGCGUACCAGGAGCUUGGCGUGCAAAGCGUUAUCACGGGCCGGCGGAGAUCUCAGGGCGGCGAUCGUGCCUCCCUCCAGCCGCUUGAGGUCGAUGAAACAGGGCUCCUCAAGCUAAACCCACUUUUUGCGUGGUCUUUCGCGCGGGUCGAUGCAUACAUUCGCGAGAACAAUGUUCCAAGGAAUAAACUGCUCGAUCAGGGAUAUCGCAGUGUCGGUGACUGGCAUAGCACGCAGCCCAGUCGUGAGGGCGAUACUGGCGAGCGUGCUGGGAGAUGGGCUGACAAGGAGGGGAAGACUGAAUGUGGUCUCCAUAAGAACUUUUCUGAGAUGAAGUUGAGGGCAAAGCUCGAGGAGCAACGCAUACCAGCCGCAGAAGUAACAACUGCUUCAGAGGUAGCCACUCCUCCUGCGUAA